CAUUUUUAACCCCCGUUUCUAGCAGUAUUUUAUUUUAAGUUUUAAAACAUUCCGGAGGUAAUAUAAAAAAUUGAACCAACGACCAUCAUUCGUCGAUUUUCUUCAGCCUUUUUGAGCGAACACUGAACGCAAAAUGGUCUAUACGAGGUUUGUUGAGGCCGGCCGUGUAGCCUUAGUGAACUUAGGAAAAUACGAAGGAAAAUUGGUUGUCAUUUGUGAUAUAGUCGACUUAAAAAGAGGAAUAGUUGAAAAUCCUGUCAAUGGCAUUCCUCGUCAAGUUAUGCGUUUUAAAGACUUAAGUUUAACAGACUUAAAGGUAGAUAUUCCACUUGGUGCGCGAAGUGGUACUGUUCGUAAGCAGUAUGAAAAAAACGAAAUUAAUGCCAAGUGGGAAAAAACAGCUUGGUGUGCAAAACUUAAAAACAGAAUUGCUAAAUCUAACUUGAAUGACUUUGAUAGGUUCAAGAGUAAAAAUGCUAAACAGAAUAAAAAUCGAAAAAUUAAGGCAGUUUUGAAGUUGAUGAAAGCCGAAGCACGAAAGAAGUAAAUAGUCUUAAAAAUUACUUAGCAUAUUUGCAA